CUAGUAUAUAUAUAUAGUAAGUAAAAUACAUCCGCUACAACUGAAAUCAGCAAAUGAUUGCAUUACCCCUGAAAUCUUGGGAUUUCACAAAAUUUCCUCUUCCUAUUUUCUCCCUUUUCAACUAUAAUCUGAUAUUCUGAUUCAUAAAACAUGCCAAUUUCCGAAUAUCCUCAAGAUCUCACAACUCCUCUAAUUGUAAAUCCCCCCAACAAAGCCACUCUCACCCAAUCAACCUCAACAACAACAACAAUGGAUUAUUCACCAAAAACCCAACAACCCCAAAAAAGGUAUUGGCGUUUCAGCAAACAAGAUUUUUUCCCAGAACCCUCUUUCCAAAAUUUCUCCACUUACAAAACUGCCCUCUCUCAAACCCCAACUCGCCUCAAGAACCGCCUUUUUUGUCGUUCAACAGAGACAACAGAAUUAGUUGAGUUAAAAAAACAGUCAGAAAAUGAAAUGAAACAAUGCCUCACUUGGUGGGACCUACUGUGGCUUGGUUUUGGUUCAGUAGUUGGUUCAGGUAUUUUUAACAUUACUGGUCAAGAAACUAGACUUCAUGCUGGCCCUGCUAUUGUCCUUUCAUAUGCUAUUUCUGGUCUUUCUGCUUUGCUUUCUGUUUUCUGUUACACUGAAUUUGCUGUUGAUAUUCCAAUAGCUGGUGGUUCUUUUUCAUUCUUGAGAGUUGAGUUGGGUGAUUUUGUUGCAUAUAUAGCUGCUGGGAAUAUUUUAUUAGAGGCUAUUGUGGGGGCUGCUGGAUUAGGAAGAUCUUGGACAUCUUAUUUUGCUAGUAUUAUUAAUAGUGAUGCUGAUUUUUUAAGAAUCAAGAUUGAUUCUUUUGCUGAAGGGUUUAACUUGUUGGACCCUUUAGCUGUUGUGAUUCUUGCUGUUGCAAAUGGGAUUGCUAUGACCGGGACAAAGAGGACGUCGAUAUUGAAUUCGGUCAGUUCUAUAGUUAGUGCUGGUGUAAUCUUGUUUAUUGUAAUUGUUGGGUUUGUUCAUGGGAAGAGUUCAAAUUUAGUGCCUUUUUUCCCUUUUGGAGCUGGUGGGGUAUUUAGGGCUGCAGCAGUUGUGUACUGGUCGUAUACGGGUUUUGAUAUGGUUGCAAAUAUGGCUGAGGAGACUAAGAGGCCGUCAAGGGAUAUACCACUGGGGUUGGUUAGUUCAAUGUCUGUGAUCACUGUUGUUUAUUGUUUGAUGGCAUUGGCUUUGACUAUGAUGGUUAAGUACACUGAAGUAGAUGUUAAUGCACCCUAUUCAGUUGCAUUUGAGGGCAUAGGUAUGAAUUGGGCAAAGUAUUUGGUGGGGAUUUGUGCACUUAAGGGAAUGACUACGAGUAUGCUUGUUGGGUCGAUGGGACAAUCUCGAUACACAACUCAGAUUGCAAGAGCACAUAUGAUUCCUCCAUGGUUUGCUCUGGUUCACCCAAAAACUGGCACACCAAUUUAUGCUACUCUCUUGACGACUAUAACUAGCUGCAUUCUUGCUUUGUUCACGAGCUUGGAUGUCUUGUCAAGCGUGUUCUCAUUUAGUACACUUUCCAUUUUCAUGCUUAUGGCUGUUGCAUUGCUCGUUAGGCGGUACUACGUUACGGAUGUUACUCCGAAGUAUGAUUUGGCUAAAUUUCUUCUGUGCUUGUCCAUUGUAAUUGGUUCAUCGAUUGGAGCAACAGUUCUCUGGAGUAUGGAUGAAAAAAAUUGGGCCGGGUAUACUGUGACUGGCGCUUUGUGGUUGUUAGGCACUUUAGUAAUGGCACUGCUUCCAAAACAAAGAUUUCCUAAAGUUUGGGGUGUACCUCUCGUGCCAUGGCUGCCAUCAUUGUCAAUUGGGAUGAAUAUAUUUUUGAUAGGUUCUCUAGGUAAAGCAGCAUUUUAUCGGUUCAUCCUAUGCAGUGCUGUAAUGCUCAUUUACUACGUACUUGUUGGUGUCCAUGCAACAUAUGAUAUGGCUCAUCCGGAUCAACAAGAGUCCGUUAUUGAAGAGGGAAAAGAAAGUUCCAAUCCAGUGUUAUAGUUGGUAUGAUGCUUUAGAUUGCUCUAUGAACUUUGCACUUAUUUGGUUUUAGAUUUUAGGAAUUGAAUGUAUAGCUAAUGAUUUGAAUGAUAUCAAUGUGAUGUGGUUUCUGUUCCCUUAGUUUCCAACUUCAUAGUCAAUCAGAAUAGUUACUUUUUGUGUCA